UUGUUGAAUUUUAGUGCGCAUUAGUCACUGGCUAAGCAUCAGCGACGAAGCUCGUGGCGCAUUGUUGAUGAGUUGCAUUGCGAUACCGUCGUAUGCGCGACGCCGACGGGUGCAAUAACAGUCGCUAUCACAAUGUCACUACGUCUGCUUUGUCCCCGGUCGCGGCUCUGACGCUUUUGUCCGUAUCUUCGUCGUCGCACGCUCAAUCGCAUUUGCACGUACCUAUUAUAUACAGCCUAGCGUUGUAACACUCAUAAUCAUAACUCGUGGGUUUGAUCUUUUAGGACGUGAAUUGAUCGUGACCGUAACGAGCGGUACGUUGUCAGUAUAAUUCGUGUUUUAGUGCUGUUUGGUUUGAACUUCACUUAGUGCAGUGAGUUGCUAGUGAUGUGAGGAUGCUUGUGCGUGGCCAUGUCCGUGGCGAAGAAAGAUAAGCCGACGAUGUCGGUGACAGCGCUCAUAAACUGGGCUCGGCCCCUGCCGCCGGGCCAGCAGCAGCAGCCGAUGACGCCAACGUCGCCUGGGACCUUACUGCAGCCAUUAGCGGCGCCGUCUAACAUGCCGACCGUGGACUGCUCGCUCGAUAUCCAAUGGCUGAACUUGGAGGGUGGUUUUAUGUCGCCGAUGUCACCGCCGGAGAUAAAACCAGACACGGCGAUGCUAGACAUACGAGAGGACUCCACCCCACCUCCCGCGUUCAAGAAUUAUCCCCCGAACCAUCCCCUAAGUGGUUCCAAGCACCUCUGCUCUAUAUGUGGAGACAGAGCGUCGGGAAAACAUUAUGGAGUGUACAGUUGUGAAGGAUGCAAAGGUUUCUUCAAACGGACGGUGAGGAAAGACCUGACGUACGCGUGUCGUGAGGAGAGGAACUGUAUAAUAGACAAACGGCAGAGGAACCGAUGCCAGUACUGCCGCUACCAGAAGUGCCUCGCGUGCGGGAUGAAGCGCGAGGCGGUGCAGGAGGAGCGCCAGCGCGCCGCGCGCGGCACGGAGGACGCGCAUCCCAGCAGCUCCGUGCAGGUACAGGAGUUAUCAAUCGAACGGCUGUUGGAGAUGGAGUCCCUGGUGGCUGACCCCAGUGAGGAGUUCCAGUUCCUGCGCGUGGGCCCCGACAGCAACGUCCCGCCUAAGUUCCGCGCGCCAGUCUCCAGCCUCUGUCAAAUAGGCAACAAACAGAUAGCGGCGCUGGUGGUGUGGGCUCGCGACAUCCCCCACUUCAGCCAACUGGAGCUCGAGGAUCAGGUGCUGCUCAUCAAGGGAUCCUGGAACGAACUCCUCCUCUUCGCCAUCGCAUGGCGGUCUAUGGAAUACCUAACAGAAGAACGCGACAACGUCGACGGCACCGGCAACAGGACAUCAUCACCGCCACAGCUCAUGUGCCUCAUGCCCGGCAUGACGCUUCACCGCAACUCCGCGCUGCAGGCGGGUGUGGGUCAGAUCUUCGACCGCGUGCUGUCCGAGCUCUCGCUGAAGAUGCGCACGCUGCGCAUGGACCAGGCCGAGUACGUCGCGCUCAAGGCUAUCAUACUACUCAACCCCGAUGUAAAAGGACUGAAAAACCGACAAGAAGUGGAUGUUUUACGAGAAAAGAUGUUCUCGUGCCUGGACGAGUACUGCCGGCGGUCGCGCGGCUCGGAGGAGGGUCGCUUCGCGGCGCUGCUGCUGCGGCUGCCGGCGCUGCGCUCCAUCUCGCUGAAGAGCUUCGAGCACCUGUUCUUCUUCCACCUCGUGGCGGAGGGCAGCAUAGGCGGGUACAUACGGGACGCGCUGCGCAACCACGCGCCGCCCAUCGACACCAACAUGCUGUAACCGGACACGGCCACACGCGGACCUGGGGUCCUAGCGAUGCAACACGAGAGAGCUGUGCAGCUAGUUAACAAGUUUAUUUAACGCGUCGUCUUGUUAAUCAAUCUAUCUAAUUGGAAAUCAACCGUUUGCCGGUCAAAGGUUCGACUUCAGUCUUGGUUCGACCAUUUAAUUAGGGUUCGUUAUAUGGAAAGUUAGCUUUAGCAUUCGUCGAAGGGCGAGUCGAUGUGGUUAGGUACAUUUCGAGGUUUUAGAUUAUAAUCUGUAUACCUCACAACAUGUACGUGCGUGUGACCGCUGCACGACCUCUGGCAAGAUGUAGGUGUUUAUUAAAUAAACGGUACCGCAUACAAUUGUAGCUUGUAUUACCGGAGUUUUGUUAAUGUUAGCGAGCUAUUCUUUUUGGUAGCGCCGCGUUUGUAGUUUUAAUUACAAUUGGCCUUUAUUGUUGAAAACGAGGGAGAAUUACAAAUUACGUGGCUCAGAAAUCAAUUUAGCUGUAGCUAUUUUUAUAACAACGUAUACGUGGAUAAUGUCACUCAGCUAUUAAGUACCUGGUCUACAACCAGCCGUUAUUAUGAAGGCCCUUUAUGUUCCGUUCGCCUGUUGAGUUCGUCCGUCAUCAGCCGAGCAUCAGAGUGCGGGUCACGCGACGGCGCGUCGUGUAUCGGUAUGUGUAUAUUGUAUCGCGAACUUCAGAUGUUAGGUAGUGUAAAUGGGGCCGCCUCUUUUAUUACGUAGAAUAUGAUUAACGUAAAUUAGUCAUUCAUUUAUUAGGGAAUUUUAAUCGUCAGGUAGGUGUCCAUAGUGAAUUAAUAUAAUGUUAGACUAAUUAAUGUGUAAUUUUAACAUUUACCAAAUCUCUCUUCAAAGCACUUACAUUUAUUAUGUAUCUCUAAUGGAUAUGUCGAAGUGUCUACUGAGUCAGUGAUAAAAAUUAAUCGUAAUGAAACGAAAAGAAAAAUUAUACAAAAUUAUGCUUCAUAUAUUUCCCAUAUAUACACAUGUUGGUGCUUUAACAUGCAUUAUUUACGUAUUAUGCAUAUCAAAUAUGCAUAGUAAAUCUUGAAUUUAAUGUUACUUGAUAAAUCCUUAUUUUCAUUAUAUUUAGUAUAGAAAGUUAUAAAAAACUGUAAAUAUAUCUUGCAUGUACAAUGUAAUUUUAUUAUGUUUAGACGAGUAAUUUAUAUUGCAUAUUUAAUAUAUACCUCACCAGUCGUGGGUGGUGGGACGAGACGGAUAGAUUGGCCUAUUCUCUGCGGUUAUAAUUAUCGAGCGUCAGACGGGCCACUUUAUUUUUGUACCUUGUAAGUGCAACACGCGUUCUCAAAGAAUUCACUAACAAAAUUAACCAGUAUUAAAACAUUCACGAAACAUUGAAGACUAAAAAUUGACGUGGAUUAGGAGCUGGAUUCGAUACAUUCGGGCAAGAAUAUAAAGUUGGUAAAAUUAACUUUUUCAUAGAUGUUGAAAUUAUAUAGAAAACUUUGUUGUGAUUUUGAUCGCUGAGCGUAGCAGUCAGCUCAAUGGCUAGACAGUCGUGUAUUCAGGACAUUCAGGUCUAACUCCAGUAGUGCCGCGCUUAGAGCUGCGGACUUCACGUUCACCGUAGAUUGUUGACUUUGAACCAUUUCUGUUAUGAAGAAUUAAUGUUGAGCAAUGAUAUUAUUAUAUGGAUGGGUUUGAAUUAUAUGAUGGCGAUGUUGCAGCGGUUGUGAGAUGAUUUAUAAUGAUGUUCACUAAUUAAUUAUCUGACUAAAUUUAAGUUAUAUUUUUUGUAUAGACAUACAUAGCUUUAAGAUUCAUAAAUGGUGAUUAAAAUUAUUAUCACAA